AUGGCUUGCUGCCCGACCGAAGAGAAAUAUGGCUACGAAGACUGUCGAUUUGAGAAAGAUGUCGACGAAAAUUUUCAUUGUUCUAUCUGCUACAAUGUUCUUAAAGAACCAAGGACGUGUAGGAAUAAUGAUCACAUCUUUUGUCUUGCCUGCAUCACUCAACAUCUAAAGGUGAACUCUCAAACUUGUCCUGAAUGUAAUGAGCAUUUGAACGUCGAUACGCUUCGUCGGCCGCGUGUGUUGAGCAAUUAUUUGUCUAAACUAAAGAUAAAUUGUGAUCAUGCCAGUCGGGGAUGCCCUGAGUUUACCUGUCUUGAAGAUCUCAAAACUCACGUGGUGAAUUGUGGCUAUGCACCUGUGUUGUGUUCAAAUGCAGA